AUGGCUCAGCGAGUUCGAAGCUUUGGGCUGAUUAGCCCGAAUGUUCCAGGCGACAGUGGGAACAGCGCUAGCCCAACCCCCCUGCGAUCGCUGUCGGCCGCUGAGGCGGGCCAACUGCCAGCGGAUACGCCCAGCACUAGCCAGCAUCAAGCUGCUCCCCCCGCCAAAUCGACAAAUGCCGGCUUGGACUCGAAGUCGAAGUACAUUGGCCUGCUCCGUGUGAGCGAGCUCCAGGCCCGCGACCCAAACUACCAGGGCGUGAGGACCUUUUCCGAUGUCUUUGCCUUCACCCAGGCGUACUUUGAGCAUCAGCUCGACCGGGACUGGCGCAUGGUUCAAGAUGCCAUCGUCCGAGACGACGAUGCGACCGUAGAACGUCUGAUGGAGGAGCGGGUAAUCAGCAAGGUCUUCUCCACCAUGAAGCUGGCCCAGCUGAGGCAUUUCAUGAGUGGUCUCAACAAGAUGUGUAGCCGUGAUCUCAAGGUCUUCCUCGACUAUGUCAGCUUGGAAGGCAAGAGCGACGUUCAGUAUCCUUGGACCACGAGGCAGUGGAGGGCACUCAGAAACCCGCGCGUCUUCGAGGACUGGGCGAGGUCCAUCAUCAUGAACGACAAGGCCAAGAUUAGCCGAUUCUUGGGCUUUCUUGUCAAGUUCACCGACAUCAACAUUGUCGGCAUGCGCAAAACUGAAGGGUAUCCAGACCGACUUAUCAACUUCCUCGCAACCGGGGCGAGUCUGGUCGCAAGCAUCUUCUUUGGCGCGCCCUUCGUGGUCCUGGCUUCCGAGGCCUUUACGCGAUGGGUGAACAUCGUCAUCAUUGUCGUCUGGGUGCUCCUGUUCCUCGUCUUUCUCGUCUGGUGGGGCUUUGACUCGUCGCAUAUGUUCUUGUUCGUAUUGGCUUACACGACCAUGUUGGCAAACAUCAAAGUUGGAGGUGACUAA